CUGGUACUUAAAUAAUAGCCUUGAGAAAUUUCGGUCCUUUCUCUACUCAUUUCAGUAACAUGUAUGAAAAACUUACAUUGAUUGCUUCCUUCUCUUAUUUUUAUAUGAUCUAUAUUAAUAAUGUACUGCUCAAGUAUAUUUUAAAACCUGCUACAACAUGUCUUAUUAUUGGCGUCUCUGUUGAAUCAGACAAGAAGAACACAUUCAAACAGAUAGGUCUAUUCUUUUCUCUUCUAGGCGAUAUAUGCCUAAUGUUUGAAGGAGAAGAUAUGUUCUUGCUUGGUCUGGCUUCUUUUCUUUGUGCCCAUUUAUCUUAUAUCUAUUUCUUUUACCAUACACGAAGAACUCAAAGUCAUUAUGGUCUUAAGAUAGCUUUAUUGUUCAUUGGUUCGCUCUAUUAUUCCGCUCUUUACACAAGAAUUUUUGAGCAAGGAGGAUACCCUAUGCUUUUCGCUGUCUUCAUCUAUAUUAUUACCAUUGUUUUUAUGGUUUAUUUUGCUUUCUUGAGCAACGAUGCACAAUUAACAUUAGGUGCAACCUUGUUUUUUAUUUCUGAUGCUACUUUGGGCUAUGACAAGUUUAUUGAAAAAUCAACAAGAAACAUAUUUGAAUACAUAGUGAUGAUCACGUAUUAUUCUGCUCAAUUUCUUAUUGCAAAAUCCUGAAUAAAUACAUGCAUUUUUUUUCUCUAGUUGACAAGUGCUUGGUCCUUGUUUGAUUUAUCGAGUAAGGCAGCCACUGUUUGAACCAAAAAGUCAAGAAUGUUUUGAACGCCAGGAUCUUUCUUGAUUUCCUCUACAAUCUUGUUAAAUUUUUCUUCUUCGGAGCCUGCAGUGUUAGGACUGAGUGCUUCAUUUGAAUCCAAAGCAAUGCUAUCAGCAGCAUAGUUUGUCAAAGUAAUAGAGUCACCUUGAACUGCUUGACUAGGAGCAGCAUUGGCAAAGGUAGCGAGACAAACAAUGGAAGCAAUAGUAACAAACUUGAUUUGCAUUUUGAUAAAGAUCUAUCUUUGUU